UCGCGCUCUGAUGAAGUGAACAGGUUAAGUGGUGCUUCAUGCCAGUUCUCCCGGCUGCACUAUAUCUUGUGCAAUUCUGAGAUGGGCAACUCCUCCACCAUCCUGUGUAAGAAUGAACGUAAAGUUACCUUCGCAGAGUAUGCAGUUGAAGAACAGCCACCAGGAAUUGAGAGUAAAUCCUUUCUCACGGAAGAGGCAGCUUACAAGCGUCUUCAAAACUAUUAUAACAAGAAUGGAAGCAAAAUAAAUAUUCUUCAGCUAUUUAAAGAUGAUCCAGAUAGGUUUAAGAAAUACAGUGUGAUACUGCCGACCCCAGACGAUGGAUAUAUACUACUGGACUACAGUAAAAACCGCAUUAAUGAUGAAGUUCUUGCACUAUUGUUUGAUUUGGCGAGAGCACGCAAGGUGGAGGCGUGGCGAGAUGCAAUGUUCUCAGGCAAGAAGAUCAACGUGACUGAGGAGAGAGCCGUGCUACACACUGCCCUCCGUAACCGUGACAGCUUCCCCAUCAUCCUUGAUGGUCAAGACCUCAUGAUACAAGUGAACUCUGUUCUUUCCCACAUGAAGAACUUUUGUGACAGGGUUAUUUCAGGUGAAUGGAAAGGUUAUACUGGAGAAUCCAUCACGGAUGUAGUGAACAUUGGUAUUGGAGGCUCUGACCUUGGUCCAUUAAUGGUGACAGAGGCGCUCAAACCUUACGCUGUCGGACCAAAUGUACACUUUGUCUCCAACAUUGAUGGAUCACACAUGGCGGAAACCCUCAAACACAUAAACCCUGGGACAACGCUGUUCAUCAUUGCCUCCAAGACAUUUACCACACAAGAAACCAUUACCAAUGCGACCUCUGCCAGAAACUGGCUCCUAGCCACUGCUAAACAUGCUUCUGCUGUUGCAAAACAUUUCGUAGCUCUGUCAACCAAUGGUCUCAAAGUGAAAGAGUUUGGUAUUGAUGAGGCCAAUAUGUUUGAAUUCUGGGAUUGGGUUGGUGGCAGAUACUCCCUCUGGUCUGCCAUAGGCCUGUCCAUUGCUCUCCAUAUUGGUUUUGCCAACUUUGAAAAACUGCUGUCUGGUGCUCACUUUAUGGACAUACAUUUCAGAACUGCACCACUAGAGAAAAAUGUUCCUGUACUUCUGGGACUUGUGGGAGUGUGGUAUCACAACUUCUAUGGGGCUGAGACCCAUGCCCUCCUGCCCUAUGACCAGUACAUGCAUCGCUUUGCUGCCUAUUUCCAACAGGGGGAUAUGGAGUCCAAUGGAAAAUAUGUAACACGUUGUGGGCGUCGCGUAGAAUACAGCACAGGACCAGUUGUUUGGGGUGAACCAGGAACUAAUGGUCAACAUGCAUUUUAUCAGCUGAUUCAUCAAGGAACUCGCCUCAUUCCGGCAGAUUUCAUUGCUCCUGUCAAGUCUCAUAACCCAAUUGCAGAUAAUCUUCAUCAUAAGCUGCUCCUGGCAAACUUCCUGGCACAAACUGAAGCUCUAAUGAAAGGAAAGACGAGGGAAGAAGCUAAGGCAGACUUAGAAAAAGCACAAGUGCCAGAUGACGUCCAAAAACGCAUCUUGCCUCAUAAAGUGUUCGAAGGCAAUCGCCCAUCAAACUCUAUCAUGGUAGAAAGAAUUACUCCAUUUACUUUGGGAGCACUAAUUGCCAUGUAUGAACAUAAGAUCUUUACACAGGGUGUCAUCUGGGACAUCAACUCCUUCGACCAAUGGGGGUAAGAAUGGUGGAACUUGGUAAGCAGUUAGCAAAAGCUAUUGAACCAGAGCUUCAAGAUAAUAAUACAGUGUCAUCACACGAUUCUUCUACAAAUGGACUAAUGAAUUUCAUCAAAUCAUACUUUUAAAUUUUAAAGAUUUGUUUAAAGAUUUUUUGUUUUCCUUCUGUGUUUGAACAAGAAAAGAUUUGAAGUGUUUAUUGUUGAACAAGUGGGAUACAGAUUUUAUAAUGUAUACAUACUGUAUUUCAUUAUACAGAACAUAGGUAUUUCAGAACUUGGGUGAAUUUUUCUAAAAUGUACAACAAAUUAUUCUGCAUAAAACACAAUAGCUAAUUAUUCUACAUGUAUAUCAACUGUUACAUUUCAAACAAACUCUAGCAGCCAACCACGCUAUGUUUAUGUUUAUCUUCUUUCCUUGGAAGGAAGAUGCACUGAUUACGUGGAAAGAAAUAUUUAACUUGUUCUCUAUUUAAAAUGAAUAGAAAAUUGGAGCAACUAUAAUGAAUUCUUGAUAGUUGCAGCCAAUUCUACCAUCAUCAUCAUCUGGUGUAUGAUGGAUGGGCAUAGUAGUGAGGAAGUUUAAGACACACGGUAUGAGUGAACGAUGUGUAAGAGACGAGGUGCAUUACACAUGUGAUAUGGGCAUGUUAAUAGAAUGCCCUAAAACAGUUUAGUGAAGAGGGUGUUUUUGGGUUAAAUAAAGGAAUUGUAUGGUAGAGGCAGUCAAAUGGUAUCAUGGAAUAAGUAGAGUGGAACAGUAUAUGAAAGAAAGGGGAGGGAUAAGACCUUGAAAGUGAAAGGUUAUGGGGUGAUAAGAGCCUCCUCGAGAAACUUUUGCUUUGAUCAUCUCCGAGUAAGGGGCAGUCUACGUCUCGGUAGAUUUCAUUGUUUGAUAUACAGGAUUAUGUUUGAUGACAUUGUGACAGUAAUUAUUGCAUUAGGCCUCAUACUGAGGACCAUUAAUCAUGUGUGCACCUUAGUGAGGCUUGGCACUCUAGUGACCACACACAGGUCAAGAAGUGUGCAUGAAGUAGAGAUAUUUGCUCAUCUCCAGACAUGUUUCAUGAACUGAGUGACCUUGUAAUUGACAAUCCACAAGCUACUCUAGGAGCCAUACUCGUGUAAAUACAUACCUGAUACUGUUCAUAAUUCUGAUAUUUUUGGUAGAGCACAUUUAUAUUGACAAAUUGAGCUAUUUCUUCAUAAACAGUACACAUAUAUUGUGCUCAGUGUUAUGUAACUUAUUUAUAUUAAAUAAAAAAAUCAA